AAAAUUGACAAAAGCUCGUUGUUUGAUGUUCCUGUCAUAGUAGGCCCUAGUAUAUCUUCAUUGCCUAAGGCUAAGUCCAUUAGUGGUGGAAGUACCUCUAAACUUCCCUCACUUAGGACAGUUAAGGUGCAAAGAAGUAGUGCUAGGGACAAUAUGCUAGUUGAUGUCAAUCUGCUUGCUGAAAGUACCCUCUCUCACAUAAAACAUAAAAAGAAAAGAACUUUGCCCUUAGAAGAAUACAGUACCCUCUCUUACCCCUCUCGAAAUAAAAAACCUAGAUGGGGUAAUUUGGGGUUCAUGGGUGGUGACUUCAAUGCUAUAAUGUCCAAUUCUGAGAAAAAAAGAGGUUGCCUUAGGCAUGUAGGGAACCACUGCCUGUUACUGAUGGAUGUUCUUGGUUCUGAAUGCAACAAGAAAAAAAGAUUCUUCGUUGAUUCCAGAUGGGUUAGCUGUGAGGGGUUUACAGAAAUUGUGAAAAAUGCUUGGUCUAUGGAUAAUCAGGGCACUGAUCUUAACAGUCUUCAAAGUAGAAUUAAAAAGGCCAGAAUAGAACUCCUCAAAUGGAAAACAAUCCAAAUGCCCAAUUCUAAUUUGCUGAAGGUGGGGUUCGCACGACAGAUUGGAGAUGGAACUGACACUCUUCUAUGGUCUAACCCUUGGUUGUCCAGUGCACAUUGUCACACCCCGGCAGUCCAAUUCCAAAUGGACUUAUUAUCUCUCAGAAGGGUGUGUGAUCUUUUUGAUAGCACAGGUAGGGACUGGGACAGAGAAUUAGUAUCUCAGACUUUUUCACCCAAGGAUGCUCAGCUGAUUCUGAAAACACACCUAGUCAGGGGGGAUUCCAAAGAUAAAUGGAUUUGGAGAUUGGAAAAAUCUAGUACUUUCACUAUAAAAUCUGCUUACAAAGCUGUUUUCAUGACAGCAGUGCAGAUUUUCGGUUGCCUUGGCCUCGAGCUUUUGGGUGGCUGUGCUUCUCUGUUGUUUCUAGUUCAGCUUUUGCUUAGGUCUGGUGUUUUGUUUUUGGUUGGUCUCUUUGUGCAGUUAUCUGUU